UGAACUUGACCAUGGUUGACGAUAAAAAGGCAGGAGCUCCCAAGAAGGGCGCCAAGAAAGUCAUCAAAAAGACGCCGCCCAAGAGCGGCAAGAAGAGGAAGAAGGCCAGGAAGGAGAGCUACUCCAUCUACAUCUACAAGGUGAUGAAGCAGGUCCACCCGGACACCGGCAUCUCCUCCCGGGCCAUGAGCAUCAUGAACUCGUUCGUCAAUGACAUCUUCGAGCGCAUCGCUGGCGAGGCUUCCCGCCUGGCCCACUACAACAAGCGGCAGACCAUCAGCUCCCGGGAGAUCCAGACCGCCGUGCGCCUGCUGCUGCCCGGGGAGCUGGCCAAGCACGCCGUGUCGGAGGGCACCAAGGCGGUGACAAAGUACACCAGUUCCAAAUGAAAAUCUUAACCGAGCAAACAAAUUCAACCAAAACACAACGGCUCUUCUAAGAGCCACACACAGUCUCUGUGACAGAGCUACAACAUCUGUUAGAAUAGACUCGGCACCUUGUUUACAGUGUUCCUGUUCUCUCUCUCUCGUGACCCCGCUCACACGCACUCUCUCGCUUCUAUUACACUUACUUGCUGUCAAAUGGUGUUUCACUGUUGUUUGGUCUUUAAGUCUAAUGAGUUAAUUUCCUUUUUAAA